AUGCCCGCACCUGGUCCUCAAGAGACCGCCGGUCACCCGCGUUACUACUUCCCCCGGCAUAUCAAGCGUCAGAUCGUGACCAACUCCACCACUCCUCCGGCAUCCACCUCUUCCUCGUCCCUUUCUUCCAAGUCUAGUACGGCAUCGAAUCUCAAUGCAAGGCAGUCAACCACGGAGAAGAACACUUUUUUCGAAUCCCUCGUCUCCCUGUUCGAGUCACAGUCCUUUGCGGACCAGUCUUCGUCAGCCCAGGCAUCCGAGGACACCGUUCAAGGGGGACCGCAAUCCCCAUCGCCGACGGUAUCCUCCACACAACCCUUUGGGACCGGUGUGCAGAAUGCACCAGUGCUAGUGCAACCGCCUUCAUCGACGUAUACUCCUCCAGCCCCCAUCCCCACUGCUACGGCAACGAAUAGCGAAACCACCUUCAACGUUGGCACGCAGAUCAUCCAGGAGCCCUCGACGGUCCUCCCUCCAAGCGCUACCGCCUCCGGCAUCCCCUCCGAUCUGCCAAAGAUGAUCCAGCCGCCAACAGGUAUACCUGCACAGCCCCGGGAUUCGUUCCUGGGCCAGAUUGGUUUCAAAUGGCCCCUCAACUACCCGUUCGUCGCCGCCAACGAUGGUGGGAAUCAGAUCUUCGAAUACCUACCCCCUGCCAUCAGCGAUGCCCUGAAUCUCACACGAGACGAGGUGGUCAUGCAUGGUUUGAAGCCUUGGGAUACCACCCUAACCCAGGGGUUCAUCACGACAUUAGCCCUAUUCUAUAUUCCAGCCGACUUGAACGGCACUCUCGCGGCUCAGCUCCGCAAUCCCGCCGCCGCCUUCUGGCACAACAAGAAUCAAACCGUCAAUGAUCUCACAUCGCUCAUCAACACGGCCAUACCCCUUCCUGCUGGCCCAGCUGCUCCGGCUGGUCAAGUACCUCUCUCGGGCGAUCCUGGAGCUGCUCCUUCAGGAUACGUUGCUGGUGGUGGUCCGGUUGGAGGUGACAUGGACGCUAACCGAAAGGUGAACCCAACAAGCGCUGGUAUUGCUACUGGGGCCGUCAUGGGCGCGAUUGCUUAUGGCGCCGCUAUGUUCUUCGUUGCCCGACGAUACAGGAACAAGAGAUUGGGUCACAAGCGCACCAGCUCCGUCGCCAAUACCAGUCGGAAUACCUACAGCUCCCUGCAAGCUGGUGCUGCAUUCAUGUCUGGCGGUCGAGGCCCUGGACGCCUAACUCCUGGCGGUCGCGAUAGUCGCGGUAGCAGGGGAAGCAGCAGCAGCCAGGGACGCAGUAUCCGCACGCAGCAGAUAUCCGCCCCUGUUAUGGCCGAGAACUCUCUCGGAUGGAACUAG